CGAUUAGUCAGCCUGCUGGAUGAGCUGCUGCUGCUGCUGCGCGGUGCUUUAAGGCAGAAGCGUCCGAGCAGAGAGGAGAGGAGGGAGGCAGAAGAGGAGCACCGUCCACCACCUUUGAUUUAACCCACGCAAGUUCCAGGAAGAGAAAGGAGCGAUCGCGGAAGGAUACAGCGGGGAUUUUUCGGUCAGUUUGGGGGGCGUAGUAGCGCUCGUCCGGCUGCCCGCUGCUCUGUCCCGGCCAGCCAGCCGUGAGUGAGCCCGCUGCCUGCGGCUGCGCUGACCCCCCCGUCCUCCAGCUGUGGAGAAUCAUGGCGCUCAGAGCCAGAGUGCUGUACGACUUCACCUCCGAGAACCCGGGGGAGCUGUCGGUGAAGGAGAGCGAGCUCCUAACUUUGCACAGCGAGCAGGACAUUGAGGGCUGGCUGGAGGGGGCGAACGGCCGGGGGGAGCGAGGACUCUUCCCCGCGUCCUACGUGGAGAUCCUGAGGAACGACGCCGCCUCAAACAGCAACAGCUGCGGAACAUCUGGCGACACUUUGGCGGACUCUCGGUACUCCAACGUCCCGUCCUCGGGAUUUGACGGCACCUUCCAGCCUCCAGGGCAGCAUUUUCCCAAGUCUUCCUCGGGGUUGUCGUCUUUCUCAGUUACGCAGGCCAGCGACGAUGACUGGGACGAUGACUGGGACGAUAGCUCCACGGUGGCAGACGAGCCUGUGGGGGGGAGGUACCGUGAAGGGAACGGACCCUCCACCUACAGGGUGUCCACAUCCACGGGGUCCAGAGGCAAUGCGCAGCAGGCCAAGAGCUCAGCCACGGUCAGCAGGAACCUGAACAGGUUCUCCACCUUCGUCAAGUCAGGUGGAGAGGCGUUUGUGCUGGGAGAGGCUGCAGGCUUUGUGAAGGAUGGAGAUAAGAUCUGUGUGGUGAUGGGUAACUAUGGUCCAGAGUGGCAGGAGAACCCUUACCCGUUCAGCUGCGCCAUCGACGACCCCACCAAACAGACCAAAUUCAAGGGCAUGAAAAGCUACAUUUCCUACAAGCUGACGCCCACGCACACCCAGAACCCAGUGAACCGCCGGUACAAGCACUUUGACUGGCUCUACGCCCGCUUGGUGGAGAAGUUUCCCGUCAUCUCAGUGCCGCACAUCCCAGAGAAGCAGGCCACGGGGCGCUUUGAGGAGGACUUCAUCUCCAAAAGGAGAAAGGGCCUCAUAUGGUGGAUGAACCACAUGACCAGCCACCCCGUCCUGGCCCGGUGUGACGUUUUUCAGCACUUCCUUACCUGCAACAGCGCCGACGAGAAGGCCUGGAAGCAAGGCAAGAGGAAGGCAGAGAAGGACGACAUGGUGGGGGCCAACUUCUUUCUCACCAUCAGCCCCCCAGCGGUUCCUCUGGACUUCCAGGAGGUCGAGAGCAAAGUGGACGGCUUCAAGACCUUCUCCAAAAGAAUGGACGACAGCGCCCUGCAGCUACACGCCACGGUCAGCGAGUUCGCUCGCAAGCAGAUCAGCGGCUUCAGGAAGGAGUAUCAGAAAGUGGGGAUGUCCUUCAAGUUCCUGAGCCAAGCCUUCGAGAUGGACCAGCAGGCGUAUUCCUCAGGACUCAACCACGCCAUCUCCUUCACCGGAGACACAUAUGAAGCAAUCGGAGAGUAUUUUUCAGAGCAGCCCAGCAAGGAUCUCGACCCAAUCAUGGAUUUGUUGGCUCUUUACCAGGGACACAUGGCAAACUACCCAGACAUCAUCCAUGUUCAGAAAGGAGCCCUGACUAAGGUGAAAGAGAGCCAAAAACACGUGGAGGAGGGCAAGAUGGACCGCGCCCAGGCCGAAGGCAUCAGCGACCGCUGCAACAUCAUCUCCUACGCAACGCUCGCCGAGAUCCAGCACUUCCACCAGAUCCGUGUGCGAGACUUCAAGACUCAGAUGCAGCACUAUCUGCAGCAGCAGAUUGCCUUUUUUCAGAAAAUCACAGGAAAACUAGAAGAGGCCCUGCAGAAAUACGACAAUGCCUAGUAAUAACAGAUCACUUUUUUGUCCUUGAAGAUGACCACGGCCAUGUCAGCAAACAGCUGCCACUAUCAGUCACUGCUACAAUGAAACCAAGGAGAGUGGGACUUCAACAGUAUGACACAAAAGAAACAUCAAAUCCAGGUUUCUGGGUGAGACGACCACAUUUUGGGACACUGGAUGUGCUUUUGCAAAGUCAUACGAACUGCAGGAGACAAGUCCCUGACUUACAAAUGUGGAAAACAAAGUGACGGAGAAAGUCACUGCCAGGAUAGGAGCAGAGAUAAUCGUGUGGCCAACAUGCUGCCUUUCUUCAAACCUGAGCAACAGGUCAGAAAUGUUCCCGUCUCCUCUCUGAGCAGCCGGUGUCACCACUCCUUCGUGCCUUCUGAUGAAACCUUUCUGGAUGUUUUUGUUACCUUUUACUAAAAGGCUUUAUGUACUGUUUAUGUAGAAAUAUAUGUGUUUUUACACAACUACAAACUUUGGCAAAUAUAAGGCUAAAAAAGAAUCACUUUGCUCUGAAAGAGGGGAAGAGUCUUUUAUAUGGGGAGGUGUUUUAUUGUGGUGUUUCUUUUUUUUAAUUAUUAAUAAAGGCUGCAAAAUUAAUUGUUAUUUUUUAUAAAGAUCAGGGAUUCUUUGGCAUUGAGAGUUCAAACCCAUGUUUUAUCUGCCAGUGCGGAUUGAAAAAUUUGAGAAUUUAAGGCACGGUUGCAGUUUGUUAAAUCUGAAUUUGGGUUUUGAAGAUCAAAGGCAGAUUGGUUGGUAUGCGGCAGGCACUUUCUCACUGAUUUUUAAUAAUGGCGCUGUUUUAGACAAUUCAACUGUAUUAAUGUUUUUAACCUUUAUGAUGCUGGGUGCGUCGUAAAAACAACUUAGAAGCAGAGAUGCUAAAUAAAUUCAGCCUCCACUGAAAUA